GACUAUAAUGACACGCCCGAGAUGCUACCAGUGUUGGAGGACUAUAUGAGACUAGGUCAAGGGGCAUUGUCCCUCACCAACUUGGGCCGCUUUCUUAUACCGGAGGAGAAAUUCGUCCUCAUGGAUAAAUUUUACAGUUUGGUAAGACAGGAAGUAGAACGACAUCGCCAGUCCUUUGAUCCAACUGACAUCCGGGACUUCAUUGACCUCUAUAUAAAGGUCACUCGAGAGGGACAAGAUCCAGAGAUUUACACAGAAUGGAACGUGUUCCGAAUCAUUGUUGAUCUAUAUAUGGCUGGAACCGACACAACAGCUAAUACUUUCAGAUGGUCCCUGGUUCAUAUGGUAAAUCACCCAGAUGUACAGAAGGGGGUACAGCAGGAAAUUGAUCAGGUCAUAGGUCAAGGUCGUGUUGCCAAGAUGGAGGACAAGGCCAGGAUGCCGUUCACUGAAGCAACCAUACUGGAGGUCUUUCGCAUGUCUACUGUUGUUCCCUUUGGUAUUGCCCAUGCAACGAGCGAGACAACAAUUCUGGACGGAUACACCAUUCCCAAGGACACCGUCGUACUGGGGCAUUUCUACCGGGUUUUUCACGAUAAGAAUAACUUCGAGGAACCUUACAAGUUCAAACCAGAAAGAUGGCUUGAUGGCGAUGGUAAAGUGAUCAAGUCGGACAAAAUGGUACCAUUUUCCAUAGGGCCCCGUGUUUGCCUGGGCAAGGGACUGGCUGAAAUGGAAUCGUUCAUUUUCUUCACCACGUUGCUUCAGAAUUUCACCUUCAAGGUACCAGAGGGAGAGAACCCGCCCAGUGAAGUCGAGGGUCUGAACACGUCCACGUUUGCGCCAUAUGACUACAGAGUGCGCGCUGUUAGACGCUAA